UAAAGCAAAACUUAGAAAUCGUUGAUUAAGUUUCAAUAGUACCGUGCGUUAGACGGAACGCCAUUGCCGAGAUCCCAUCCAAGAUUCUUCUUGUUGCUCAUCUUGGACCCGUCUCUCAUCCUUUCAUUCAAAAGACCCUUUCAUUUCUCUCGCAUUUCCGAAAUCGACCCGUUUCCCAUUUUCCAAAUUCCUUUGCGAGAUUUUAUUUCUUGUGCAGGAAGAGCACCGAAAGCGAAUCGCUUUAAUGCUUUCCGACGCGGUGAAGAUCCAAUCCCGUGAUUCCAUUUUUUCGAUUCUCUGGGUUAUGAAGCUGAACCCACUUCGGUCGAAAUGGAGAUGGAAGUUUCCCGGACGAAUCAUGGCGAAAAUCAGGGAUAUGUCGUGUCCCAUCUGGAGAAACUCGAGAUCGAGUCAUCCAAUCACCAGCAAUUCCAUUCGAUGAACGCGCUUGAGAUCCUGAGGGAAACUGCUCGGAUUCUCCGGUACAAUCUGGGUGCUUUCAUGUUGACUGCUGCUGUCUUUAUCUGUCCUGCUUCUGCUGUUUUCUUACCCAACCUGUUAGUUGAUGAAUCAGUAGUUAAGAAACUCACUGUCAGGUUGCUCUUAGUUGCAAAGUCCAGUGGCAUUCCUCUCAGGCCAUUUGUGAAACACUCUUGCCAGAAAUUCGCUGAAACAGCUGUUUCAUCGGCAAUGUGCUUUCCCUUGUUCAUCACUCUCUACCUCUUGUCAAGGGCAGCCAUUGUUUACUCAGUGGAUUGCACUUACUCCAGGAAAAAGGUCGAUCUAAGCAAGUUCAUAGUCAUAAUCCAGAGGCUUUGGAAACGGCUUGUUUUCACAUACUUGUGGGUAUGUAUGAUGAUUGUCGGUUGCGUCACUUCCUUCUGUGUCCUCCUCAUCGCAAUCUGUAGUUCGUUUUCCGUUCUUGGCUUCUCUCCAGAUUCAAAUGCCUAUGUAGCUAUCGCGGUCGGUAUGGUAUUCUCUGUUGUUUUCGCCGAUGCCAUCAUAAUCUGCAACACAUCAAUGGUGAUAUGCAUACUCGAAGAUGUCUCAGGGCCACGAGCUUUGCUCAGAGCCGUUGAUCUUAUCAAAGGGCAGACUCAGGUGGGUUUGCUGAUAUUUCUUGGAUCGACGAUUGGUUUAGCAUUUGUGGAAGGAUUGUUCGAACACAGAGUGAAGACAUUGAGUUAUGGAGAUGGGUCCUCGAGGAUAUGGGAAGGACCACUUCUGGUUGUGAUGUAUACCUUUGUGGUCCUUAUAGAUUCGAUGAUGAGUGCAGUGUUCUAUUUCAGCUGCCGGUCUUACAGUAUGGAAGCUUCCGGAAGCGAAAAUCAGCCGAUUUUGGAAACAAUGGUUGUAACCAGUAGCUCUGUGGAUAUCAUCCAGUGAUGAUGUCUGGCUACUUACAUGUCUCUCUGGUUCUUUCAGACAGAAACAUCUGUGUCUUUUCUUGGAUUCUACUGAUCUUACUAAUGGAGAUGUUACUGGCUGCUUUGAGAAAUAUUUGUUUGGAGGCAAGUUAGAUUUUUUAUUUUGGACUUUUGGAGAUUUGAGACUUGGGAACAUGACAGAACAGAGCAAUGUAUACGAGCAUAUCCAUAUUGCUGUCUCUUUGUUUCACAUAAAUUAUAUGUAGUUUUACAUGUUUUCUUCUUCUUCUAUUGAUGUUUAAAUGGUUUGAAGAUCAUUGUGAGUUCAUGUCCUGAUUUCCUUUUGAUAUUUUGUUCAUCUCCAAUGCUCUGGGAGCUUUAUAUC